AGUCUGUGUAAUUAAAAUUUAUUUAAACUAUACCCCCACCCGUGAACGCACGUGACACGCACGUAUACUCGCUCCGUCUGCUGCUCCGCUUCGUCGUCUGCUAGUUCAACCAGUGCCAGCCAGACCACGGCCAAAGGUCGCCUCGUCUUCUAUACCCACGUGCAUCUACAAUGUCAACCUCCUGGAAAAGCGUCCUGAAACUCUCCUCCUUGACAACUGGAGCAGGUUUGGCCGGAUGGUUUGCUGGUAAAAACUACGAACGACACUGGGGUGCAGCGGGACAACAGCUACUUCGUCUGCAGGAAAAUGACGGCCGACGAAGUACCGCUUUCGGAACGAAUGUCAAGAGCAUGCCGGGGCUGCCGAUAUUCGGCACAGUCUCCGCCGCCUCUCCGAUCGUCCCUGUCGACGACCCCGCCGACAUGGGAGCAAAAUUAGCAGUGCCCGAGUCCAGAGUCAGCCAAUGGUUUUGCUGUUUUCUGCGCCCACAGAUUAUGAAGUAUGGCUUUCCAGGAUUAGACCAUGUGAGGUCCUAUGACGACUUUGUUUUAUCGUACGACAGAAGAAAUCGAGUUGCUCAUUGGGUUUUUGAACACUUGACCAAGGACAGAUUGAAACACAAUGACAGUAUCGAUCGAUCAAAGUGUGACUUCACACCUGAUCCCAGUAUUCAUCCUUUCUUUAGGUCAGACAACAGUGACUACAAACGCAGUGGUUAUGAUAGAGGACACUUGGCAGCUGCAGGUAAUCACAAACUGGAUCAAAAGCACGUACAGCAAACCUUCUACCUGACAAAUAUGGCACCACAAGUAGGAGUUGGUUUUAAUAGGCAUUCCUGGAACAGGCUAGAGAAAUAUGUUAGGAAGUUGACAAACGUCUAUAAAGAUGUUUAUGUUUGCACGGGGCCUUUGUACUUACCAAAAAUGGAGCCAGAUGGAAAGAAGUAUGUGAGAUACGAAGUCAUUGGUUCAAAUCAUGUUGCUGUACCCACACACUUCUACAAGAUUGUUGUAGGAGAAACUGCUGACUCAAAGUUAGAAAUGGAGGCUUUUGUUAUGCCAAAUGCACCUAUUGAUGACAACACACCACUCCAAAACUUCCAGGUGCCACCGGAAAGCAUUGAAAGAGCUGCAGGAUUAUUAUUUUUUGAUAAAUUAUCGAGAAAUAAGUUGAACAAAAUUAACGGUAAAAAAGUGUAGUUAAGAAAUUAAUCGUGAAAUUUUAAGCAAUAAUGUACAGUAAAAAUAAUCUUUUAAAGUUUUCUGAAAUUUUAAUAAGACUUUUAUAUUGUUAAAUGAAAAUAUUUUAUACAUAAGUCAACAGAUAGAGAAAUUUCAGCAGGUUUUAUUUGGCGCAAUUUUAACAUUUAUAUGUAAAUAUUAUUUAAGAAAAUGAAAAACGCAAAUUGUUGAUGCUAAAUUGUUAUCUUUAUUGCUUGUACAUUUGCUUCUUAGUUAUAAACAAUCUCAAAAUUGAUCGAUGUAUCAUUUAAAAAAGAACAAUUAAGAGCAUUCAAGUUUCUUAAGCCAAGAAUUAUGUGAUACCUGAAUCUCAGUCUUGCUAAAAUCUUAAGACAGUGGUAAAAUUGCUCCUGCAAAAAAUUGCAUAAAAUUGAUCAAUAAAAAGUCUAAAAUUCA